ACCAACCAAAUCACACUCUCUUGCAAAAGUUGAGAGCUAGAUCAGCAGCACAUGGCCACCAAAUUUGAUAUGGUCCUCAUCUUACUAGCUAUAACCACUUCAAUAUUUGAAGUGAGUAUGGCUAACAAGGACUGGUCCUUUGGUUUUAACUACACUGAUUGGUGGUCCAGAUUUGGGAACCAUCAAAAUAAGACACAGCAAGAACCAAGGAAGAUCAUAGUGGGUGGCUCUGAGCAUUGGCACUUUGGCUAUAACUACACCGAUUGGGCUAUCAAAAAUGGCCCUUUCUACCUCAACGAUACUCUAGUUUUCAAGUACGAUGCUCCAAAUGCAACUAGUUUCCCACACAGCGUGUACUUGUUUCCAAACUUUGGGAGCUUCUUGAACUGUGAUGUUAAGAAGGCUAAGAUGGUAGCGAAUCCUAAGCAAGGUGAAGGAGAGGGCUUUGAGUUUGUGUUGAAGAGGUGGCAACCUUACUACUUUGCUUGCGGUGAGAGAAAUGGAUUCCACUGCAACAAUGGAAACAUGAAGUUCGCUGUCAUGCCAAUGUUUCGUCCCUUCUGGCCAUGGCCAUGAGAAAAUUAACGUGAAUACAAUUAUAAAAUAUAUACAUAAGAAGUAGCUUGUUCUUGGAAAUUAUGGCAGCUGCUAAAUGUUGUUACAGUUUUUCUUUCUAGUCUUCGAUGCAUAAUGUGAUGCAGUUGAAAAGAACUGUUAUAAGGUGAAUAAAUGUGGAUGUUGUGUGUUU